GGGGUGGAAGGCUGAACGGGAGGCCCUGGAGGAGAGGUUGCCUUCAGGAUGGGAUCCCAGGCUGCGCCUUCUCCCAGGGUACGGUGGGGCUUCUGGAGGGGGCGGGCAGGUUCUCUGGAGCCAGAAGCCCGGAGCCGCCCAGGAAUUUUGGCUCGUACUUUGCGAUCCCGGGGAGGCGACUCCGGACAGACUGCACUCGGUGGCUCGGUACCAUGCAGCCGCUGCUCUGCGCGCUGGCCGGGCUCGCUCUGCUCCGCACCGCGGCGGGCGAAUGGGACCAAGGACCCAGGAACAUCCUCGGACGGCGAGCUGCUGAGUCUACCAGUUCCUCCAGAGAAGAGCUACCUUGGAGCCCAGGUUGUGACAGACAUAUGGCUGUCCAAGGCCGUUUAGAUGUCAUAGAAGAGACGGUGGAGAAGACGGUGGAGCACCUGGAGGCAGAAGUGACAGGUCUUCUGGGCCUGCUGGAGGAACUGGCUUCAAACCUACCCCCAGUCCUCAGUCCUCAACCUGACCUGCUUGGAGACGAUCUCUUCUGACCACCAGGGGUCAGAAGCCAGGAGCCUGUCAGCUGGCGUCAUCCCGCUGAGAACCAAGCCAGGUCUUCUUGCCUUCCUGCCCUGCGUGUGAAUAAAAGCUACGUGGGCUGCUG